AUGACAUUUACCGUGAUGACACCUGAAAACACGGAAAGGGAAGUGGAAACGAACUCCGCCUUCCAGACUCGGCCCGCUGAUGAAGCGUAUAAAAGGUCUGCAAACAUGGAUACGUUGCUUGGCUCAACUUGCUGGAGCAACAUCCUCCCAUCGACUCUUGUCUACUUGAUCCGUGUUUACUUUGUGAGAAGGUUUUUAUUGGACACCCGUACUUUCCAAAGUGAAUACUGCCAGACAAACACCGGACUUUAA